AUGGGUGACAAUCAUCAAUUGACCGGACGCAAUCCCUUUAUGGGUCAUCCAGAAGACGAAGACAGCGAGGGGGACCAACAAUUUGGCGAGUUUCGACCACUCUACGCCAACCACCCCAAUGAACUGCCCACUCACUGGGGUGAACAUGGAGAGCUAAAGAGUGAGCUAACACCCAACAUCAAGGGCGAACAGGGGGAAGAUGACAUUGGGCUCGUCGACCCAGCUUCCUAUAUUCACGGCUGGCCCAGGGAGGGCGAUGAUGACGACGAAGAGGAUGGAAGUGAGGAGAGCCUUCCAACAAGCUCCAACAAAGCCUCAUCAUCCAAAUCCAAAUCUUCAACCAAAGAGAACUCCGACAAGCCACAUAAAUGUGACUCGCCUGGUUGUGGCAAAGGUUUCUCUUCUCGGAGCAGACUAAAGUAA